AUGUACAAAUUGGAUCAAGAAGAGUAUGAGAAGCAUCGUGGAGCUCUGUUCAGACAUUUUCUACCGGAUGAGCCGGGCACGAGCGGAAAUCGGCGAGGAGAAAAGUCAACGGAGCAGGAGCUGAUAGAUACACAACGAAAAUCGAUUCAGAGCUAUUUUAAUCGAUUUUUUAGAGAGCGAAAAGGAGAGACCAACGAUCAUUUCGACGUGAAUCGUGUGAAGUUCGACGACCUGGGGAUCCCACAGGACACGGGCGGUCUCAAUCGGAUCAGAUUUAAGGGAGAAAACCUGGGAAUUAUGCCAACACAGCUCGGGCAUAUAACUCCGUGGCUCUACCGACACUUCGAAUAUGCUUACCACGUGGCGCUGCAAUUCAACCAACACCAAAAGUUCCAGAAGCUUCAGAAGCUGAGAAAACUGCAAAAAGAGCUGCCGAUCGCAGAAAGAGCCGGAGAAAUUGUGGAACUUCUGAAAACAAAUCAAGUGCUCAUAGUUGCUGGCGAUACGGGAUGCGGAAAAUCAACUCAAGUACCGCAAUAUCUGCUGAAAGCGGGCUUUACCGGUGUCGCUUGCACCCAACCCAGGCGGAUUGCCUGUACGGCGUUGGCUCGCCGAGUUGCCUACGAGACACUGAACCAAUAUGGUAGUGAGGUGGCUUUUCAGAUUCGAUUUGAAACCACAAAAUCCCAAAAAACCAAACUUCUCUUCCUAACCGAAGGCCUACUGCUCCGUCAAAUGGAAAAAGACUCGCUGCUCGAAAAAUACAAUGUGAUAAUUCUUGAUGAAGUACACGAACGACAUCUUACUUCUGAUCUUCUUAUCGGUUUAUUACGGGAUUUGUGCACAAAACGGGACGAUUUAAAGCUAAUUUUGAUGUCUGCCACAAUAAAUUUGGAUCUUUUCAAAGGAUAUUUCGAAGGAGCUCCCGUAGUUCAAGUUCCCGGAAGAUUAUUUCCAAUUGACGUUCGAUGGCAUCCAAUUAAGCAAUUUAUCGAUCAAUCAGACAAAAAAACGCAUAAAAUCGAUCCGGAGCCAUAUUUGAAGAUUUUGGAGCUCAUUGAUAAGCAAUUUCCGAGCACACAACGAGGAGAUGCUCUCAUUUUUUUGAAUGGAGUCGCUGAAAUUUCGAUGGUUGCAGAGCAUUUGAAGAAUUACGCGGAGCUCACAAACGGCUGGAUUAUCCUAAUGCUCCACAGUACGCUUUCAGUCGAAGAGCAGGAUAAAGUGUUCGAUCAGGCGCCGGUAGGCAUUCGAAAAUGUAUUCUUUCUACAAAUGUCGCCGAGACUUCCGUAACAAUUGAUGGGAUUCGUUUUGUGAUUGAUAGUGGUAAAGUUAAUCUGAUUAAACACGAACCUGGUACAGGAACCCAGAAGCUCACCGAGUUCUGGGUGAGCAAAGCUUCAGCUAAUCAGAGAAAGGGAAGAGCCGGAAGAACGGGACCAGGAAUAUGCUAUCGACUUUAUUCACAGGAACAAUUCGAGAAAAUGGACGAUUUUACUGUGUCUGAAAUUAAUAGAGUUUCACUGCAGGAGAUGGCUUUGAAAAUGAUUAGUUUGAAUUUAGGAUUGGACCCGCGCACGUUCCCAUUCAUCGAAAAACCAUCGGAAGACGUUCUUAACGAAGGUCUAGAAGUUCUGAAGUUCCAGCGAGUUCUCCGUUCGGAUCGGGGGGAUAUUCUCACCCUGACAGCUCUCGGAAAUAUGGUUUCCAAACUUCCAGUCGAGGUGCCGAUCGCCAAAAUGUUAGUGUACGGUUGUGUGGUUGAUGAGCUCGAGGUGAUGCUCACCGUUGCCGCCGGGCUCUCUGUUCAGUCGCCGUUCACUAAUCGAUCCUACCGCGAGCUGGAAAUCGUCGAGCGCCGAGCCUCACUGACAAGUCCUCUUGGCGAUCCGUUUACUCUGAUAUCGAUUUUUCGAGAAUGGGUGCUUCAGAAGGCGUUCGAGGGGACCGCCCGUCGAUGGACUAUGGAAAAUGGAAUUGAUGAGCACCGGCUCUACGAGAUUAGCAAGCUCCGAGCCCAGUAUCGGCAGAUUCUGGAGGAUGCGGGGCUGGUGGAGAAGGCCAGCGCUGCGGAGACUGGGGAAGAUGAUUCUCGGCAGAGGAGGAUUGAUCAGGGGGAAAAGAGGAAGCUUUUUGAUCUGAAGAAGUCGCAGAGAAACAAUGAUCGCCGCCAAAAAGUGCUCAACGCGAAUAAACAUUUCGAUAAAAUUCUUGAAGACAAAGAAGAAGAAGACCUUGAAGCCGAAAAAGAUCCACUUAAAGCCGAUGUGAAAACUGUAGAGUUUCUGUUGAGCCAUAAGCAACGGGACGUGGAAAAUAUCCGAAAAACACAUAAAAUCUCCAGAAAAACCGCCGAAGUGGUCAGAGUGAUCAUCGCCGCCGGCUUGUACCCGAAUUUUUCGAUUUUGGACCCUGUUAAUAAAUAUGGGUACGGUCAAGAAAUGUUCACGCACACCCGACUGAAGCCCUUCACCCAAAUCCACCCAAACUCCUCAAUUGCUCAAUAUCAUCCGGAAACAAUAGACCCCCGUCAGGGCUCCGACGGUUUCUCACGGCUCCAUCAAAUCCCAUUCUACGGAUUGCUGCUCGAAACAACAAAGCCAUAUAUCUGUAAUGUGAUGCCUGUUCCGGCGGUCUACACACUGCUCGUGGCUCAAAAAAUCGUGAUCGAAGACGACUGGAGCCAGUUGAGCAUCGAUGAUUUUCUAGAGCUCCGAUUCCGAAGCUCCACGGAUUGCCGGAGUGUGCUCCUGGAUGCUAAGGAGAUCCGAUAUGAGCUCACGAAGGGUCUCGCAGCGAAACUUGUCGGGGAGGCGGGAUUUAGUGGGAGACGGAGACUCGCGAAAUAUAUCGAUUUGUUGAACCAAUCGAUUGUGGAGAAGGGAAUUGAGGUGGCGGUACGGCGGAAUGUACAUCCGCCGAAAGUUUUGACGGGAAUUGGGAUUCAUUCGCCCGAUGGGGGAAUCGAUAAGGAGGAAGACGUCGACGACCUUGUCCAACGAUUCGAGCGGGAUCAGGAGCCAGUUCACAGUGCUCGAGAAGAAGAACUAGAGGAUCAAAAAGUGCUCGACGAGCUCCGCGCAGAUGUAAUGUGCCCUCCAACUCGAGAUAUGAUAGAAGAAGCCGAGAAGCUAAAAGAGCUGAAAAAGAAGGAAAUUCCCAAGGAAUCGUACUAUGAAAAGCUUCUGAAACGGCAGAAAGCAAAGGAAGAUGACGAGAAGACGGAGAAGAAGCCGAAGCUUGAGCCACUGGAUACUAUGGAAGAAUAAUUUAUUGUUAAAUAAUACAUGAAAAAAUCAAUAAAACAUCUGAAAAUUUUA